AUGAGCACCAAAACAGAGCUUCCAAACUGGCUCCAGUACGACGAGGACUUGACGCCAAACAACGCCGCUCCCAAAAGUUGGAUGUGUCAUUUCGCCGUGAGAGCCGAGGCGGCGGAGCACCAUGCGCCGGGGACGCCGGGCGGCGCGUCCGCCCCGGGGGUCCCCGACUCCGGCCGCGAGGAGGCGGGCGAGACGGCCCCCCACCGCGCGGGGCCGCAGCGGCACCGGCGGGUGGCGGCCAACGCGCGGGAGCGCAGGAGGAUGCACGGCCUCAACAAAGCCUUCGACGAGCUGAGGAGCGUCAUCCCCUCCCUGGAGAACGAGAAGAAGCUGUCCAAGUACGACACGCUGCAAAUGGCGCAGAUUUACAUCACCGAGCUGUCGGAGAUUCUGGCCAGCGUGGUGCAGCGGGAGUGCCGGAGCUCGCACCCCGCGUCCACGGACAAAAGCUCCUGCAGGAGGAACCUGGUGGACACGCUCACGCCGGACCGCAGUCCACGGGCAGAGCGGCGGGACUUGCUCACACUUAAUGGGCCUAAAUCUGACCUGAACAAAAGCGCGUCUUGCCCCAGCAGUGAUGGGGAAUCUUCUCACCUCAGUGACAUGGAGGAACAUUUCAGCAGGAGACUUUAAAAUCAAUACUAGGAUAUAGAUCAGGGGUCGGGAACCUUUUUGGCUAAGCCAAAAAGCCAAAUGUUUCCAAAAAAGUAUUUCCUUAAGAGCCAUAUAAUAUUUUUCUUAACACUGAACACAACUAAAUGUGUGCAUUUUUAAGCAAGACCAACAUUUCUAGGGUAUAAGAGGUCUCUUAUUCUUUGUAAUAACAUUGUUAUUCUGAAGCUAACUGUGGAGGGGGUGUGGGCUGCGGGCCUGCAGCAAACUGGGGUG